AUGGCUGGGGGCGCACGUACAGAAAAAAAUAUUAAAAGAUUCCAGCGUCGGGUUCUGUUCUUACGCAUCGGAGUGUUCUUGCUGAUGGUGCUGGGCUUCCUGUACCAGGCGUCCAGGGUUGUGGAACAGUACCUCAGCUACCCGAGUGCCGUUGACGUCCGCAUUGAGGGCACCGAGGUGCUCCUCUUUCCGGGCCUUUCCAUCUGCGUAACCAACUGGAUCAGCAAAACCAAGCUGUGUGAGUUGUAUGCGGAUUACUGCGACGUUAAUUCAACCAACAUUGACGAGCUAAGGGACCUUCUUCUGGUUGGAGGAAACCUCGGAGAAAUCGCCCACAAUCCAGAAGAUGUGCUGCAGAUUGGAUUCGUCAACCCUACCCAGUAUUUCUUCGAGUUUUACCUCAGCCCAAACGUGACCAAGGUGUCGUAUUCGAGGCUGCCUACCCACAUGUGCUACACAAUGAACUGGAGACAGGUCCAUAACAUCAAGACUGUUCAUCAAAACGUACUGGCAUUUGAGAUGAAUGUAUUGUUCGCUUGGCCCGAAGAGGACGUGAUGCCAAUCGACGAAUUUGAGAUGGACCUGGGCUUUCACCACGUGGACACAAACACGGCAGGAAAGAAACACACUAUGUCCUUUAUGCCUUCGGGAGAUUUCGUCUUUGGCAUUGUCCAGGAAGCAGUGGUGUCGCUACCUGAACCGUACGACAGCAGAUGUGACAACUACAGCCGGUAUCUGGAACUACCCAACUACAAAGUUCAGUACUCGAAGGAAAUUUGCUACGAAGAAUGCCGUAAGGACAUCACGACCCAAGUGUGCGGAUGUGUCCCCAACGACUACGCAUUUCGGAACCAUAUCAGCGACACGGUCUGCACUGCCCGCGUUACUGCAAACUGCGUGCACACUGAUGGUCGAGCAAUGUACAGUGUGAUUUGCACCGACCGGUGUCAAAGUGCUUGCAGAGAGACGAUUUACAAAGCCACACAGUCGGCGUGGAAGCAAGUGUCGAGCAAGUCACUUGGAGGCCUUACGUACGUGAAGGUCAGAGCAAUGAUGACAUCGAGAAGUGUCGACGCGCUGCAUUUCAUUCCACUGCUCACGGGCACCCAAGUGCUGGGUGUGGUGGGAGGCUACUCAGGCUUCUGGAUGGGCAUGGCGAUCUACGUCGGGGCGACCGAGCUGGCGAGGCUCUUUUACGACUUCUGGCGCAACAAAGUCAAGUCCCGGUUUCGCCGAGCAGAGGUUUGGUUCCUAUUCCGCGUGACGAAGCUGGUGUUUCUUCUGUGUUGUUUCGUGGCCUGUUCGUUCAGCAUCUACUGGGACUACGACGACUUCAGCCACCAUUACACGGCCGUGACCUACGAGCAAGACAACAUACGCGGCGUCCGUUUCCCGACCGUCACGGUCUGCUCAUACGAAUCGGUGAACUUUACAAAGAUGUGCAUUGAGUAUGCCAAGUUCAACAAAUGCAGUGCUGCGUCUUUUGACACCACGGUCGGCAACGACAUCGUAGCCAUGAAAUACGUCAUCAACUUCACUCAUCCUGCGGCUGAUCUUUUCUUCAACUGCACGAUGACAUCCUUCGGAGAUUUGUGCGAGGAUUUCGUGUGCACUAAGCUCUGGAUUCCAACUUACACCUACGUCAAGACCGGUGUCUGCUUCAUCCUGGACCUGGCGAGAUCUCCCGAACUUGCCAGAUGUACCCAGCAGUACAAAUAUAGGCUGAAUUUUCGGGUGAGAGCGGACACGAAAGACCGGAGGAACGAGAACAUGGCGUUCUCUGCCUUGGUGCACUCGACCAGCAGCUACACUUCUGGGAUCAUCCACACGUUCCGAUUCCAGGCAGGCAGGAAAUACACCAUCUCGGUGGGGCAGACUGAGCUGGUUUCAUUGCCGCUGCCUUAUGAAACUCGGUGCAUUGACUAUGCUGCCACAGCGGACGAAUCUCUAUAUGACGAUAAAGAAAUUCAAGAAGAGGAAUGCAGCGAAUACUGCGUGGCCCAAAAAUGGAUAGACUCCUGCGGCUGUUUCUCUAAAAUGUACGCCGUCAAACACAGAAUGAAAGGAGCUGUCUGCGAAUACGUUCCCCACAUGCGCUGUAUCGACGAAUUGAUCCAACAUCGGUGGUUUCACCUGUGCCAGGACGAGUGUACCAGAGGCUGUAGAGACACCCGGUACCGAGGGCUGAUGUUUCAGACGGGCUACAUCAAGGACUAUUACAGAUACGAAAACACUGAGGCCGACCUCACGGUUGUUCUUGGCUCCACUAAACGGAAAAUUGUAAGAAACCUGCCGAGGAUGACGCUUGCAGACUUUCUGCUCUACCUGUCCGGCCACGUGAGCAUGUGGCUCGGGGUCUCGCUGAUUGCCACAGUGCCUCUGGUGGUCAGCGGUCUCACCAACCUGGCGCGACGUCUGCAGGAUCUUCUCGGCAUCCAAUAA